AUGUUGAUGCUAUUAUUGUUGCUAUUCCCGCUGAUUCUUUUCGUUGUGCGCAAAUUCUGCCUGAACAAAUUAAAAUCCGGCAAUAAUGUUUGCGUGUUGGUUUUUGGUGACAUUGGCAGAAGUCCACGAAUGCAAUAUCAUGCGAUUUCCUUCGCCCGGGAAGGUUUCAUCGUGGACGUUGUAGGUUAUCCUGGUUCGCCACCAAUGAAGGAGAUCAGCGAGAAUGCGCGCGUGCAGAUCCACUACCUGCGACCGCCUCCUUCUGAGUUGCAUAAUAAAUUGCCACGUCUUUUUUGUUAUAUAGUAAAAGUGAUAUGGCAAACGGUUAAUCUUUUAUGGUUGUUACUUCGUAAACGUCUAUCAGAUUCAAUAAUAACACAAAAUCCACCUGCAAUACCAACCAUUCCAGUAUGCUGGUUUUAUUGUCUUCUCACAGAAGCACAAUUUACGAUUGAUUGGCAUAAUUACACCCAUUCAGUCAUGGCAUUGAGCUUGGGAGAAAGCCAUAUCUUGGUUAGAUUAGCAAAAAAUAUUGAGACGAUGUUUGGUUGCAGAGCAAAUCAUAAUUUCUGUGUCAGCAAAGCAAUGAAGGAAGAUUUAGAAAGCAAAUGGACUAUCCAAGCAAAGGUCUUAUAUGAUAGACCAAUAGAUAAAUUCCAUCCAAUAACUUUUUUAGAGAAGAAUGAGUUUCUGCAAAAAUUAGCUGAAAAAUAUAAUAUAUCAGUACCUUAUUUACCUAGAAGAUCAGGUUUUAUUGUAUCUAGUACUAGUUGGACUGAAGAUGAAGAUUUCUCAGUUUUACUAAAUGCAUUACAAGAAUAUGAGAACGCAUGUGAAAAUAGUGAGUUAAAUUUGCCAGAUUUGAUUUGUGCAAUAACAGGUAAAGGACCAUUGAAGGAUUUUUAUAUGGCUAUCAUUAAUUUAAAAAAAUGGAAGCAUGUUGAAAUAAAGAUGCCAUGGCUUGAGAAUGAGGAUUAUCCCAAAAUAUUAGCUAGUGCAGACUUAGGUGUGUGUCUUCAUAUCUCAUCAAGUGGAUUAGAUUUACCAAUGAAAGUUGUUGACAUGUUUGGCUGCCGUUUACCAGUUUGCGCAUAUGAUUUUAAUUGCUUAUCCGAAUUAGUAAAACACAAUGAGAAUAGUUUGGUGUUCACGGAUGAAAAGGAUUUGGCUGAACAAUUGAAGAUGUGGUUUCAAGAUUUCCCCGAAAAUAAGGCACAACAACAAUUACGUGAAAAAUUUCAAGAGAACAUGUUUACAUCUCAGCAAAAUGAUAAUGAUUGGCACAGUAAUUGGAAGCUCAAUGUGUUGCCUUGUUUUCAAAAGUGACUUUAAUUGUAUUGUUCCAUUGUAUUUUCAGCAUAAAC